AUGAUGCUCAAGCCGUCGGUGAAGGGAGCUUUUCUGGGAUGUGUGAUGCAGCUGCCCAACCUGGCGAAUGCGCUGUCGAGACGCGCCUGGGAACUGUCAGAUGUACCCUCUCCCGAGAUCUUCCUCCGUCGAGCAGAAGCAAGAGUCGUUGUUCUUGGCGACUACGCCUACAUCGAUGGCGGCGAGAUCUCUCAGCUCGACGCGCGAGGUAACCCGAUAACGUCGCGAGGCUCCAACGCAGUCAACUCCACAUUAUCGAUCGAUUUGACGACGUCAUGGUCCGCAACCAGCGUCAGGAUCAGGGAGAUUUCGAAGACGCCGAAGACUAUGGACCAACAGGCGAUGUGGAAAAACGACGCAAAGAGUACAUUCUGGAUUUGGGGCGGACAUAGCCCAUUCGGUGCUCCAUUAGACGAGCCCACGUCCUGGAAGUUUGAAGCAGACGGCAAAGGAGGUGGAACAUGGUCCAAAGAGACGCCAGCGAACCCAACACUUUUCCAAGAAUUGCGACGAAAUGAGGGGGGCGCAUUCGCUAGUACCCCCGACGCCGGGUUCUGGUUUGGGGGACAAUCGUCAGGCUGGACGACAUCUAACCCUUACUCGCAGCCACUCCCGGGCAUCUUGUCCUACAACAUGACCACGAGGUCUUGGGCAAAUGAAACAAAUGAUGCCUUCUCCAAGUACGGCACUUUGACGGGAGGCUCAGCCGUCUACAUCCCGACUUUUGGUUCGAAUGGUCUCAUCACCAUAAUGGGCGGCGCAACAUGGGGUCUCGAACCUGAUCAGGCGAAGCCUCUCGGAUGGCAGGACUUCAGCAACUUGACCUUCAUGGAUCCAGUAACUAGAGAUUGGUACUGGCAAAAGACAACCGGAAAUGCGCCCACUCCCCGCAGCAAUUUCUGCAGCGUUGGAGUCGAAGGCAACAACGGAACCUACGAAAUCUUUGUGUUCGGCGGCACCAAUAUUGGCCGCCGUCAAAUGCUGUCAGUUGGAGGAGCGGAUGGCAAAACGGGAUAUACAAGUGCCGACCCCUGGCCGCAAGGACUCGGUCUCUUCGACAUGACAGACUGGAAGUGGAAGACGGACUACGACGCAGACGCUAAGAACUACGAAAGUGCGAAGACAGUCAGUGACUGGUAUCAGCAAACUUCCGUCCAGUGGUCAUCCAAUGAAGUUCAGGCACUUUUCAGGAAGUCAAAUACAAACACAACUGGAGAAACCAAUCAUGAUCCAGCAGAGAACAAAGAUACCAAGGGAUCUACCCCACUAGCCGCCAUUGUUGGAGCUGUAGUUGGAGCCGUCGUCGGUGCCAUCAUAGGGCUUGCUCUAUUCUGCUUCGUCAAACGCCGGAAGCAGAAGCAAGCCGCCGAAGCAGCGACUGCACUUGCUCCAUAUCCUGACCAUGCAAAGGGGGAUGGAGCAUACCAGGCUUACUAUCACCCUGUGGCUCCAGGGGAGUUGCAGUCGGAUGUACCACAGACUGAAUUUCUCCGCUCGCCAGCAUAUCUGACCCAAAAUGCUACCUACGCCUUGAUAAAGAUCAACCCCGAUGUCGAAGUACACAUUGGCUCACAAGCAGGCUUUGAUUCUCAGCUCCGCCGCUUCGUCGACCAAUGCAACAAGGUAGAAGGAGCCCCGGCUGGGAACGCCGUCAAGCUACAUCCAAUCAUCGGCCUCUCCCACUUCGAGGCCGUGGAUAGACCUGACAAUCCGGCGCUGGCUACUUGGCUUACAAAGCCAGGGCUCGUCAAUACGUCCCGCAACAUGCUCACACUUGCUGGCCUCGCACUUCCAUGGAGCCCAGAGGAAUUCUUCGAGACUUAUAAAGCUAUCGAGGAAGUCUUUGAGGAAGUGAAGCCGGAUGUGACUGUGGUGGAGGCGUUCUUCGCGCCAGCUACAACAUUUGCCAACCAAGCAAACAUCAACUGGAUUUGUCUGGCUCCAAAUACUAUCAAAGAAUUUGCGCUGCCAAUGCAACCCAAGCUCGCAAUGCUGUGGAAGUAUCCCAUCCUACCAUUUCCGAUCCCACUCCAUCUAGUCCCCCUCAACGUUUUCUUCAACCUCGUCGCCGGAUACGGACUCUUUGCGGAUUCGAGAUAUAAGCGUGUCUCGGCACAUCUCGCCAAACAUGCUGGACCCGGCAUCGAGAUCAUCACCUGGAACGAGCUUGGCCUUCUGAAAGCACCACCCAAGGGCCUUCGAAUCCUUGUCGCCAAUAGUCCCGACAUUGAUUUCCCCUUUGAGACCAUCCCCGAGUCCAUCACUCCAUGUGGUCCUAUCACCCGCGCUGCCCCCAAGAUUGAGAUCGAAGAUCCUGAACUUGCUGAGUGGCUGAGUCGAGGGCCAACAGUCUUCAUCAGUCUCGGCACGCACCAUUUCUAUGAUCUUCCGAAGGCGACUGAAUUUGCGCAUGCGAUUCGAAAUCUUCUUGAUCGAGCAGAAGAACACAAGGGUGGUUCUGAAGAUGAAGCUAGACUCCAAGUCCUUUGGAAGAUGCCGCGCAAGUUGGACGAGAAUGAGAACGCAACCGAAGACUCUGGGCCAUGGCUCGAUGUCAAGGCAAUCAUGAAUCCCUUCAUCAAACAGGAUAGAGUCAAGAUCACGGACUGGUUUACUGCCGAACCAAAGAGUAUCCUAGAGUCUGGCCAUCUCGUGUGCUGUGUCAGUCAUGGCGGCUCCAACUCAUUCCAUGAGGCUUUGUGUACUGGUAUACCACAAGUCGUUCUGCCAGGUUGGGGCGACUGCUAUGACUUCGCUAUUCGGUCAGAGAUCUUGGGCAUUGGGAAGUGGGCCAACAGGAAGGCCAAGCCUUACUGGGAGAGAGAAGAACUUUCCGAAAAGCUGAUUGAAGUCGUGCUUGGCCCCCAGGCGCAAGCGAUGCAGGAACAAGCUUUAGCACUAGCCAAGCGGCAUCCAGAAGGCGCUGGUCGAGAGAAGGCUGCAAGAGAGAUUCUGGAUCUGCUGGAGAAGAAUGAGGAGAAGGUCUGA